UGCAAAGUACCGGAGGUCCGUGCUCGGCAACCCCUCCGCCAAAACAGGCCAAGCCUCGCGCAAAUUUCGAAAACGUGUCCUCUCCCAGUACGCAGCAGGUGGUAAAACAAGGCGACAUAAUGGGCAGGCCAAAGGGGACUUCAGGCACGAAACAGCUCACCACUGAGCAACGGCAGCGCGUACGAACCCUCUACUACGACGCCCAGUUCAAUCCAGCCCGGAUCCAUACCAUAACCGGCUACACAAAGCACCAAAUCCGGUCCGCAAUUCGCGCCGAGACCGCUACGGUCGGCGCCCGGUCUGGCCGGCCGAAGACUCGCGGCGUAGCGCCGGCGCCCAAGGCGGGAGACCAAGUGCCUACCCCGGAAGGCGAUCCGACGGGAGAUGAAGGGCAUGACGCAGCUCCGAGCGGCGUAGCAGCACCGGCACCGGCGUCAGCACCAGCCGCAGGAGGCCCGAGUCUGGAGGCUGAGAUGGGGAAUCGAGAGGCUGCUCCUCAAGGUCUCGACAAAACCGCCACUCGACAAGACGCCGCGUCCACGAUGGAGGAAGAUUCCCAGCAAGCGCGCCCGCAGGCCCACAACGGAAUCGAGAGGGCGCCCGCGGAGCAUGCCGGGCACGGUUUGGAGAGGCUUCGCCAAGAGGUAGGAGGAGCCCAUUGAUUAAACGGUAGCGCAAGGAGAGAGGGAGAUCGCCAAGAGCAGGUGAAUGAGCGUGUUAGUAUCCCCGGGUAGAGUAGCGAACUAGCGAUACGGUUGGAAUUUCUGGACCCCGGGUGGAAGCGAUGCGUUGGACGUACCUAACGACCCCAACACGAAAAAUGUAACGCUGCUGGCGAUGAUUAGUUGCAUUAUUAAUACAUGCAUUGGCACCUUGCGUUGGC